AUGGGCAGCCUUGACACCACCCCUGCCGCCGCCGCCGCCGCCGCCGACAUCAACCGCAGCGGCGCCUUCCAGCCGCUCAACGCCGACGACGUGCGCUCCUACCUGCACAAGUCGGUCGACUUCAUCUACGACUACUACAAGUCCGUGGACUCCCUGCCGGUGCUGCCAGGCGUGGAGCCAGGCUACCUACGGCGCCUGCUGCAGUCCGUGCCGCCGACCUCCUCCGCGCCCUUCGACAUUGCCCUAAAGGAGGUCCGCGACGCCGUCGUCCCGGGGAUGACCCACUGGGCCAGCCCCAACUUCUUCGCCUUCUUCCCGUCCACCAACAGCGCCGCCGCUAUCGCGGGCGAGCUCGUCGCCUCCGCCAUGAACACCGUCGGCUUCACCUGGCAGGCCAGCCCCGCUGCCACCGAGAUGGAGGUCCUCGCGCUCGACUGGCUCGCGCAGCUCCUCCGCCUGCCGUCCACCUUCAUGAACCGCACCGCGGAAGCUGGGCGCGGGUCCGGUGGUGGCGUCAUCCUCGGCACCACCAGUGAGGCCAUGCUCGUCACGCUCGUCUCCGCUCGUGACGCCGCCCUGCGCCGGGCUGGCUCCGUUGGCGUCGCUGGGAUCACCAGGCUCGUCGUCUACGCCGCUGACCAGACGCACUCCACCUUCUUCAAGGCGUGCCGUCUCGCCGGAUUCGACCCGGCCAACAUCCGCUCCAUCCCCACCGGCCCGGAGACGGACUACGCCCUCGACCCGGCGAAGCUGCUCGAGAUCAUGCAGGCUGACGUCGACGCCAGCCUCGUGCCCACCUACAUCUGCGCCACCGUCGGCACCACGUCGUCCAACGCCGUGGAUCCUGUCGGAGCCAUCGCCGAUGUCGCCGCCAUGUUUAAUGCGUGGGUGCACAUCGACGCCGCCUACGCCGGAAGCGCGUGCAUCUGCCCGGAGUUCCGGCACCACCUGAACGGCGUCGAGCGGGUGGACUCCAUCAGCAUGAGCCCGCACAAGUGGCUCAUGACGUGCCUUGACUGCACGUGCCUGUGGGUGCGCGACACGCACCGGCUCACCGACUCCCUGGAGACCAACCCGGAGUACCUCAAGAACGACGCCAGCGAGUCCGGCAACGUCACUGAUCUCAAGGACAUGCAGGUCGGUGUCGGCCGUCGCUUCCGGGGACUCAAGCUCUGGAUGGUCAUGCGCACCUACGGCUCCGCCAAGCUCCAGGAGCACAUCCGGAGUGACGUCGCCAUGGCCAAGAUGUUCGAGGACGCCGUGCGAGCCGACGACCGGUUCGAGGUCGUGGUGCCGAGGAACUUCGCUCUCGUGUGUUUCAGGAUCAGGCCGCAAGGCACCAUGACUGAGGAGGACGCCGAGGAGGUCAACCGUGAGCUCAUGGAGCGGCUGAACAGGACCGGGAAGGCGUACCUCGCUCACACGGCGGUCGGCGACAGGUUCGUGCUGCGGUUCGCGGUGGGGUCGUCGCUGCAGGAGGAGAGGCACGUGCGAAGCGCGUGGGAGCUCAUCAAGAAGACGACCACCGAGAUCAUGGACGAAGAGAUGUAG